CCACCGGUGACAGUCUCGGCUAGCUGGGCAUUUCUCUCCCCGCAACCCCUUCCCCACUUUUUCGGCGUCGGGCGAGGAGCCAUCAGUGCCUGCAUUCUGCCCCUGGUACCUCCCCCCAUCUCCUCCACGGUGGGAGACUUGUCUGGUGGUCUCAUGCCGGCGUCGUCCUCCGCCGGCUCCGCCUCGGGUGCUACCAAAUUACACCCGCCACCGAAUCUGCUCCACAGCGGCCCCGCAGUGGUUCUGCCUCCCAAGGUGGCCAAGCUGAUAUUGGACUUGGACUUUGUGGAGAUGUCCGAAAUCUCCCUGGAU